UUGCGAUCGCGACGCGAGCGAGUCAAGUCCUAAAAUUUCGAGAAGCGGGUGUGUGUUCCGCUGCGCGCUGAGACGACAACAACGGGUGGAAAAUUUCUCUCACCGCACCACCAGCACGGCGGUGGUUGAAACGCGAACGGGAACGGGAACGGGAACGGGGACGCGAACGUGAACCCAGAAUACCCCUGAAACCCAUAACUCGGGAACGGGAACGGGAACGGGAAAGGGACUGAACUCGUCUUAACCCGGUGCUAUAAAGCUGUUCAGUGCAAAAUAUUUGGUAUUACGAAUACGAAUACACACACACACACUCAGAGAGACAGAGAGACGGUCCGCCACAGUGGUUGCACUUUGCUUUUCCAACCCCAAAAAAGAAAGGGAAUAUAAUAAUAAGCAAGAUGACUAAGAACGAUAAUGCCAAUCUGCUGAACGAUAACAGGACAGGAGCUGUGGCCGGAGGACAGCUGAAGGCGCAGAUAAUGCCCGCCCAGCCGAAGACCCUGCAGCACUUGCCCAAGCGACCAGCCGUGGAUCUGGCUUUCCACAGCCUGACGUACCGCGUCAAGGAGGGCAACCGCAGCAAUGCCAAGACCAUUCUGAAGGGCGUCAGUGGGCGCCUGCGGUCGGGGGAGCUCACCGCCAUCAUGGGACCAUCGGGCGCUGGCAAGAGUACCCUGCUCAACAUUUUGUCUGGCUACAAAACCUCGAGCAUCGAAGGCAGCGUCACCAUGAAUGGCGCCGAGCGGAACCUGAGUGCCUUCCGGAAGCUGUCCGCCUACAUCAUGCAGGACAAUCAGCUGCACGGCAAUCUGACCGUCCAGGAAGCCAUGACGGUGGCGACGAACCUCAAGUUGAGCAAAAAAUUCACCAAGCCGGAGAAGAAUUCAAUGAUCGAUGACAUCUUGCUGACUCUCAGCCUGAGCGAGCACCGGUACACGAUGACGCGCAAUCUCUCGGGUGGCCAGAAGAAGCGUCUCUCCAUUGCCUUGGAGCUGGUCAGCAAUCCGCCCAUCAUGUUCUUCGACGAGCCAACCUCCGGCUUGGACAGCUCCACUUGCUUCCAGUGCAUCCACUUGCUGAAGAUGCUGGCCGCCGGGGGACGCACUGUGAUCUGCACCAUCCAUCAGCCGUCCGCUCGCCUCUUCGAGAUGUUCGAUCAGCUGUACACCUUGGCCGAUGGCCAGUGUGUGUACCAGGGCAGCACCAAGCAGCUGGUGCCCUUCCUGUCCACCCUGAACCUGGAGUGCCCCAGCUACCACAAUCCGGCCAGCUAUGUGAUUGAGGUGUCCUGCGGCGAGCAUGGCGACCACACGCGCAAGCUGGUGGAGGCCAUCGACAAUGGCAAGCGGGACAUCCGCUCCUCGGCGGACUAUGCCAACCUGAAGGCUCGCAACGAUCUGGUGAAGGUGCAGAACCUGAAGGCCAUUCUGGACAAGAACGAUGCCUCGAAUGUCAGCGGCAGCAAGUACGAGGAGAAUCUGACCCUGAACAAUGGCCUGCUCAAUGGCAUGGUCAACGAUAUUGUGAAGGAUGGCAAUGCCAGCUCCGCUGUGGUCACCACAAACGAGAAGGGCGAUGCCAUGAUCGAUGUGGAGAAGAGUGUGAACUGUACGACGGCCUUGCUAACGGAGGAGAUCACGUCGCCGGAACGCUAUCCGACCUCGCAGUUCCACCAGUUCUGGGUGGUUCUGAAGCGAACUCUGCUCUUCAGUUACCGCGAUUGGACCCUUAUGUAUCUGAGAUUGUUUGCUCAUCUUCUGGUGGGCUUCCUCAUUGGCGCUCUCUACUAUGACAUUGGCAACGAUGGAGCCAAGGUGUUGAGUAACCUGGGUUUCCUCUUCUUCAACAUGCUGUUCCUCAUGUACACGUCCAUGACCAUCACUAUUUUGUCAUUCCCUCUGGAGAUGCCCGUUCUGUUAAAGGAAAACUUUAAUCGCUGGUACUCACUGAAGUCGUAUUACUUGGCUAUAUCAGUGGCUGAUCUGCCAUUCCAAGCUAUAUUCUGCGUCAUCUAUGUGUCCAUUGUGUACUACUUCACCUCACAGCCCUGGGAGCUCUUCCGCUUCUCCAUGUUCUUGUCCGCCUGCCUGCUCAUCUCGUUCGUGGCCCAGUCCGUGGGUCUGGUGGUUGGCGCUGCCAUGAAUGUGCAGAACGGUGUCUUCCUGGCUCCCGUGAUGUCGGUGCCCUUCCUCCUGUUCUCCGGCUUCUUCGUCUCCUUCGACGCUAUACCGGUGUACUUGAGAUGGAUCACUUACCUAUCCUACAUUCGUUAUGGAUUCGAGGGCACUGCCCUGGCCACGUAUGGCUAUGGACGCGAGAAGCUGAGGUGCUUCCAGACCUACUGCCACUUCAAGUCGCCCAUUACGACGCUGGAGGAGCUGGACAUGGUGAAUGCGAACUUCACGCUGGACAUCGUGGCCCUGAUCGUGAUCUUCGUGGUGCUGAGGGUGUCGGCGUACCUCUUCCUGCGCUGGAAGCUGAAGACCGUGCGCUAAUCUGGGGCACUCCUCGAACCUUAUUGUUUGUUGUUUUCGGUUCUUAAAGCUUUCAAUGUACCUACACACAACUAUCUAGUUAGUUAGUUAUCAACGAAGCGUCUUGGGUUCUUUAUCAUUUAUUUUUGCCUAGUUUUUAGUUUCGAAAUUGAUCAAAACAAAACCAAAUCGCUGUAAACACAACAUCUUCGAUGUAAGGAAAUCAUAGGGACGUAAGUUAUUCAAAAAAUCUAUAUAACCCAUAUUUUUGCCAAAAGAGAAGAAUAUUUAAAUACAUGUCGAUGUGUAUUUAUUUGUUUUAUAAAUGUCUGUGAAUAAAACUUUUUUAUUAAAAAUAAAGCAAAGCCCUUGCAUAUAUAUGCCCUUUA